UCGCUUCAGAGAAACGGGCACACGCGGAUUAGAGUGCCGAGAAUCAAAUAAUGUUUGUUGGAUUCCAGCACUGGCAGUUCUUAAAGAGGCAGUUACAAAAAUAAUUCAAACUCUGACACCAGAAUCGGGACUCUUUUUUUUUUUUUUAAGUGUAGUUGUUGUAGCUCUUAAACAGUUCUGGUUACGAAAUACACCGAGCUGAAAAAAUAGAAGUUAGGGGAAAAAAAAAAAACAAAGAAACAGGAAGAUCAAUGCGUGUUGCUGAUAAAUACAUGAGCGUUUAUUGUGGGCUACAGUACAAGAAAAACAUGCCCUUGCUACGAUAUUGACAGGAUCUGCAGAAGUGGUGUGUUUUGAAAUACUGCAAUCACUUCUACGAGAUAGGGAAAUACCCAGGCAGGCGUCAUUCGGAACAGGUUAUAUUAUACAUGCAUCUCUGCAUCGAACACUUUUUUGCUGCGCUGAGUGAAGACAGUCCCAGGCAGAGACACAAGUGCCUCCAGCACGCUGUACCCCCGCUGCAGAGCCUGACUUGCCCCCCGACGUCACCAAUGCGACCAUGGGAAAUCGCGGUGAAUAGGCGGCCGCCCACUGCCCCCUUCAAUCAGAGGAGAUUCCCAGGGGAGCCCUGCAAUAUCCCAGCGCAUCUCAGGAGGAGCCCUCCAGUGAGACGGCAGUGGGGGCGGCGAGACAGACCCUUGUUGCACAGCUCUUUGCAUCAGGAUGAGACUUUCCAGCACGCCCUGUUCGCGCAGCAUCAGCAGCAGAUCUCUUUAGAUGAGUCGAGACCGUACAGUCACACCAGCGUACCGCCACGAAUACUGCACCCUGCCGCCCACCCGCCUCAGCAGAACUCCAUCAUGCUGGACCUUCACGAGCAGAUGCAUCAGAGGCAAGUCCCGAUUUCAUACACGGUUACCACGGUGACAACCCACGGUUUCCCAAUCCACGCCGGCCAGCCUAUCCCAGGGUGCAGCACUCAGCAGCUCCCAGCAUGCUCGCUGAUCCAAGCCUGCACAAUGCAGCACAUGCCAGUAUCUUACCAAGCCUUUCCGCCUCUGAUCUCCAGCGAACAUUUUAUACUGCACCCCCCUCCGCCUGUGCCGCCACACCAACCGCCUCACCUCGCUCCCCUGAGCCAGUUCGUCCCUCUGCAGCCACAGCACCCCCGCAUGCCUUUGCAGAGGGUAGAGAACGACGUGGAGAUGAGAGGCGACCAGCACCCUGUAGGGGGGUUCUCCUACCCCCCUGCCCACCACCCACCAGCAAUGCCUCCGUCUGUGCCCCUCCAGUACCUCCCUCACGACCCUCUUCACCAGGAGCUGCCCUUUGGAGUGCCAUAUCCUCACGUGCUGCCGAGGCGUGUGAGCGGGCAGAGGUACCGGCUACAGCAACCCCUGCCCCCUCCCCCACCACCACCACCUUACUACCCCAGCUUCCUGCCGUACUUCCUCUCAAUGCUUCCGGUGCCUCCGACUGCAGUGGGACCUGCCAUCAGCCUGGACCUAGAUGUGGAUGACGUGGAGAUGGAAAACUAUGAGGCGUUGCUGAAUCUCGCUGAGAGGCUGGGAGAGGCCAAACCUCGUGGACUCACCAAAGCCGAUAUAGAGCAGCUUCCGUCCUACAGGUUCAACCAGGAGAACCACCAGUCUGAACAAACUCUGUGUGUUGUGUGCUUUAGCGAUUUUGAGUCAAGGCAGCUGCUGCGAGUCUUGCCUUGCAACCACGAGUUUCACGCAAAGUGUGUUGACAAAUGGUUAAAGACCAAUCGCACUUGUCCAAUCUGUCGAGCCGAUGCUUCAGAAAUCCACAGAGAUGCCGAGUGAAACUUUUCUUUGUUUUAACCAACAAGAAGCAGCACAAUAAAUGGAGACCGUUCUCUUGGAGAAACGGGAACCUAGCGCCUACCCCUCUGUAUUCUCCCAAGCCUUUUCCUCUUGAACAAUAAGCAAUCUAAGAUCGUAUUUGGGGCUCUGUUUUACCUCCGCUGUGCAUCGUGUGAGUUUGAUGAAAGCUACUGCCUAGUAUAACCGCAUAGCCACCAAGUUCUGGAGUUGUGUUGUGUGUACUUUUUGCGAUCGCCCUUGUGUUUCUGAUACUCCAAAGAUUGAACAUGUUAUAUCUGUUCAUGUGUUUUAACUUUUUUGGUUUUAUUUGGUUUUCUAGUUGAUGCUAGAAUCAUUCCAAGUACUGCAACAGUGGGGGAGUGGGGUGUGUGUGAAAUGGUCGUGCAAUCGGCAGACUUAAGAAAGCAAGGUUAUUUUGGAAGGAAACUGGACCAUUCCACUGCGUUGGAGGGAGGCUUCACUGUCUGAGAUGCAUGUUUGUAAAGGUGAUGGGCAAAGUGACUUGUUGUUAAUAAUGUAUGUUACGCAAUAAUGUAUUUUAAUUUCGGUUUUUUAAUGAAUUGCUGAAUGCUUUCGUAAAAAGUACGAAUUGCAGUGGUAAAAGGUGCAGUAUCUUUUAAGGCCUGAAGGUAAGGUGUGCUUGUAAUGAAACUGCCUUGCAGUUCUGAAAACUUCAAACAAAGAAGCCCUGAAACAAUGCGGGUUAUGGAACAAACGCCACUGCUAUCCAGCAGGGGGCAUGUUUCCAGACUGAUCGAGCUGGCAAAAGAAAGGCACGGGACAAGCUGCUGUUUUACACGCGGCAUUGCUGGGCUCUACUGAACAGUACAAACAGCCCUGGAUACUCACCCCACCACAGCAGUAUACAGCCAUCCAGCUGCAACGCUUUGUACUGUGGAUGGAAUCAAGGCAUGCUGGGAAUUGCAUGGACUGUAGACUUAGCCGAGCAAUAUGUAAAUGGUGAUCAAGUACUUCUUAAUCAAGUGGAUUAUUAGGGUUACUGAGAGCAUGGCGUUGGUCUGCAUUCUGCCCGUCCCUGUAGAAAUCUGUUGGAUCUGUUUUGUGAUUGACAACUUCCAGUAGUCUUGAAGAAGGGGGCUGCAUGGCACCCUGCAGAGAGUGCAGAUCAAUGGGACAUUUCUUCCCGACUUGGGGUAGGCCUGCUUUUCUUGUUUGUGAGCCAAAUAUUCAAUACACUUCUCUUUUUAUUUUCAGCUUUGCCUUUCAAUACCUUGAGAAGCACAAACAAGUAUCACUGAAGUUUUAAAGAUCUAACGAUUCUUUCUCUA